ACAUGCCACAAGUGCAGGGAAAGCUUCAGUCAGCGCUCACACCUUAUCACACAUCAGAGAAUCCACACCGGUGAGAAGCCCUACACGUGCUCUGAGUGCGGGAAAAGCUUAAGUCAGCGCUCAAGCCUUAUCACACAUGAGAAAAUCCACACAGGAGAGAAGCCCUACACAUGCGCUGAGUGCGGGAAAAGCUUCAGUCAGCGCUCAAACCUUAUCACACAUCAGAGAAUCCACACCGGUGAGAAGCCCUACACGUGCUCUGAGUGCGGGAAAAGCUUCAGUCAGCGCUCAAGCCUUAUCACACAUGAGAAAAUCCACAAAGGAGAGACGCCCUACACGUGCUCUGAGUGCGGGAAAAGCUUCAGUCUGCGCUCAAACCUUAUCAGACAUCAGAGAAUCCACACAGGGGAGACGCCCUGUACGUGCUCUGAGUGCGGGAAAAGCUUCAAUCGGUGCUCACACCUUAUCAGACAUCAGAGAAUCCACACAGGAGAGACGCCUUACACAUGCGCUGAGUGCGGGAAAAGCUUCAAUCGGCGCUCACACCUUAUCACACAUCAGAGAAUCCACACAGGGGAGAUGCCCUACACAUGCGCUGAGUGCGGGAAAAGCUUCAGUCGGCGCUCACACCUUAUCACACAUCAGAGAAUCCACACAGGAGAGACGCCGUACACGUGCUCUGAGUGCGGGAAAAGCUUCAGUCGGCGCUCAAGCCUUAUCACACAUGAGAGAAUCCACACAGGAGAGACGCCCUACACAUGCUCUGAGUGCGGGAAAAGCUUCAGUCGGCGCUCAAACCUUAUCACACAUCAGAUAAUCCACACAGGAGAGACACCGUACACGUGCUCUGUGUGCGGGAAAAGCUUCAGCCAGUGCUCAAACCUUAUCACACAUCAGAGAAUCCACGCAGGGGAGAAGCCCUACACAUGCUCUGAGUGUGGGAAAAGCUUCAGUCAGCGCUCACACCUUAUCACACAUCAGAGAAUUCACACAGGGGAGAGGCCCUUUGAAUGCCGUGAGUGUGGGAAAAGCUUCACUAGCAGCUCGGCCCUUUCUGUUCAUCAGAGAAUCCACACAGGGGAGAGGCCCUUUGAAUGCAGUGAGUGUAGGAAAAGCUUCACUAGCUGCUCAAACCUUUCUCAACAUCAGAGAAUC